AAGCCAGACGCACACACAUGCAUAACACGCACAGCAAGAGGAGGAUAGUCGGAGGAUAGAAAGAGAGAAGGAGGAAGGAAAAGGAGAGCAGACGAAGCUGCUGCCGGGCGAGCGGAAUUUGGAUUUUAUUUAAUAUAUGAGCCUAAAGUGACAGAGUUUUUUGGGGUUUUGUUGUUUCAAAACCACCCAUGAAGUGGACUUUUUGAUUCGUUGGUGGACUUCUCCGUCCACUCCGCUGGUCUGUUUAAACUUUGGAUGAAAGAAAAGUGCGAUAAAGGAAGAGGCAUUAAGGUUUGCACAGCUUUAGCUGUCCCGUUUGGAUAAAUAAAGCAGAGGAGCGCACCGGUGGAAAAAGCUCACCACGGGGGAAAACGGGUUCAUUCCUCCGCUCUGUCUUGAAGGAGACACACCGCAGACUUUGUUGGGGGGAGGAUUAAAAAAACAAACCAGCCUGCACCGGAAUUGGCCAUCGGGGGUUUCUUUUUUAUGACUGACUCCAGAAGGAUUUAUAGUUUACGCCAAACCUCAUCUGCGCGGUGUUUUAGGUCAAGCACAACGGGAUCGCAGUUUGGUCAAAUUGAGAUUAUUGAUGGCACCGAUGCGGUAGUGAUCUGUCCGGGGGGAAAAAGAAAGAGAUAAAAAAAUCAAAAACAUCUCAUUUUGUCCGUUUUGUGAACAGUCUCGGAGGUUUGUACCGACAGGAGGGAUGGAGACGUUCUGGAGAUGGGGAGGCGCGCUGGUGGGAUGUCGCCUCUGGAAGACGGUGCUUCUUGUUUUCCUUUGGAAAGUUUCUGACAGCCAAGCAGGAGCAGCCGGAGUUGGAGCAGGAGGAGGGCCGGACUCCUCCCAGUCCCGUUUCUCCUCCUCUCUCCCCACCUACCUCCCCGUCCAAUGCCAGCUAAGUAGUGCUGACUCCGCCUUCUUUCUGCGGGAAGCAAAUCAGGAGGUUAUGCGAAACGGCAGCCUAUCAUCGCGGACUGAGCCCUUCUUCCUCCACCAACUGGAACCAGCGGUCGCCGCCCAGAAUUCCCUGCCGAGCGUCAAUUGCAGCUACGGAAACCUGAGCAUUGAGCAGCCAAUUCCAGUGGAUCUGCUUCAGGGUCCACCACCGCAUCUGCUGCGGACGACCAACCAUGUGACUCUGAACUGGAAGGUCAAAGGUCAAGUGGUGGUGCCCAGAGUGGGGUCAACACGCCCCUGGAUACAGGUACUGUUUUAUCUGGUAGGGCGGCGUUGGGAUGAGCCUGACCCUCCUCCUCAAGCCCUCCUCCCAUGUGUCAGAGCCAUAGCCAUCCGUGACACCAGUGAAGCAGCACCCUCGGCGGGCUGCCGACUCGUGGGACCAUCUGGCAUCUGUGUUGUCCGUCUGGAGAUUCCCCCAGCUUGGUUUACACCACCGCAAGUGAGAAAAAGACCUCCUGAAGUGACUCUACCAUCAGUGGAUGUGUAUUACUCAAUCAUACCAGUGGAUGGGGCUGGUCAAGAGUGUCCCUCCAUUGUUAAUGAGCCAUGGAGAGUUCAGAGUGCUAACGCCGGGCCUCUUGGAGGCCUGGGCCUCGGGGGGCAGUGGAGCCCCCUUGUGGAUGCGGGUCUUCAGGACAUGCUGAAAGCUGGUUCAGUGGUAAUGACCAUGGGCCUGGUUCCUGCCAAAGGAGAAAAAUUGAGACUGGAUGAAAACGUGGAGGUUCUGGUGCCACCCAGCCCAGUUCGGCUCGGCAAGACGGUGGCGUUUGGUGUCUACAUGAAGACGGGUUCAAACACGGAACAGUUUACAUUAAGGGUGUGGUUCCAGUCAGGUAUUAACUUCCUGGCUGUGAAACCCAGCGACCUCGUCGCGUGGGAGAUCAAACAGGAAAUGUCACCGGGAAGCAGUUCGUUGGCGGUGAUGUGUCAGAGAAGGGCUUCCUCCACGGCAGAGAGAUUGGAAAGUCCAUCAUAUGAGGUGAUGCAGCUGGAAUUUGAGGUGGAUAACGUGAUCAAUCUGGUGCCAAUCCAGACUCUCCACUGGAAUGUCGAGUACCCAGUUGGCACUUCCAGGCAAACAGAGAAAGUCUCGCACCUUUACAUCAGCAACGCAGAUAUUCAGGGGAUCGUACCGCUGGCUGAGGACACAGAGGUGGUGAACACAGCUAUUCUUACAGGUCGGCGCGUCGCAAUGCCCAUCAAACUGGUUACCGUGGAAACGGACGGGCAGGUGAGGGAGGUGGACGACUCGGUCACCUGCAGCUCGACAGACGUGGAUGUUGUCCAGGUUUCCCCAAACUGUGACCAGGUUUUGGUGAACGGUAAAGAAAUGCGCGGCCGGCAGUCCUUGGCAGUCAACUUCACCUACCUGCACCUAUCUGCUCAGCUGCAGCUCACCGUCUGGGUGCCCAAGCUACCUCUGCAGAUAGACGUGUCAGAUACUGAGCUGAGCCAGGUUAAAGGCUGGAGGGUACCAAUCAUCACUAACAAGAGACCUACCAGAGACAGUGAAGAUGAUGAGGAUGAUGAGAGAAAGGGCAAAGGUUGCACCCUACAGUACCAGUUCGCCUUGGUGCGAGUCCUCACACAUUUUGUCGCAGAACCUUCAGACCCUGGAGGACAGAUGGUCUACAUGUUGGGUGCGGACUGGCAAGCUGAUAUUACUCAUUUGGUCUUGGACCAGCUAAAGGUAGAAGAUCCUCGCAUUGCCAGACUGAUAGAUGGAAGAAUCUUGAUUGGGCGAGACCUGGGGAUUACCACUAUACAGGUUCUUUCCCCGCUGUCCGACUCUAUCCUGGCAGAAAAGACUGUGACUGUGUUGGAUGACAAGGUGACCAUCACUGAUCUCGGAGUCCAGCUAGUUGCAUCUUUGUCACUCAGCAUGACAGCGAGUCCAGGAAAUUACCAGGCUAUACAGCUAACGACUACAGCUACAGACCUGCUACACACACCCAAACAGGAAGCAGCGAUCAGUGCCUGGAUCCAGUACAGUGACGGUUCAGUGACUCCACUUGAUGUUUAUGAUCCCAAAGAUUUCCUCCUAUCGGCUGUGUCAUUGGAUGAAAAUGUCAUCUCCAUAACCAAUCAGGAGCAACACUGGCCUAUUAUAGUGGCAGAGGGUGACGGACAGGGAGCACUGGUUCGUGUGGAAAUGGUUAUUUCUGAGACCUGCCAGAAAUCCAAAAGGAAGAGUGUGCUGGCAUCUGGAGUUGGCAAUGUAAUAGUGAAGUUUGGAGCAAAGAGUGAAGAAAGAGGUGUGAAUGGAAGAGGGGGACAGGGUGACGGAGGAGGGACGGACAACAGCACCAGCGAGCACCAAACAAAAGACGGAGGAGAGUGGAAGUCCAACAGUGCAGUAGUGGAUCGAGAGGAAGGAGCCAUGAGGAAGGUUAGCACAACGACCAAGAGCACAGUAAUCCACCGUGCUUCAGGUGGUAAAGCUGCCAAUGGAGGUAGCAGCAGCAGCCAGGGCGGAGGCCCCAGCCAAGCAGGGGACUACAGUAGCCUCCCAGCACAAGUGGAGGUACCAGGCACUGGGGAUAGUGAGCUGACUCAGACCACGAGAGGGCUUUCGGACCUGGAGAUUGGAAUGUAUGCCCUUUUGGGUGUAUUCUGUCUGGCAAUACUGGUCUUCCUCAUCAACUGUGUCAGCUUUGCUUUCAGAUACCGUCACAAGCAGGUCCCUGUGUUGGAAGCAGGAGGCAACAUGAACCACGCCCAUGACUGGGUGUGGCUUGGCAACGAGGCCGACCUUUUAGCUGACCACUCUGACCAUUGCCAGGGCGGUCUGCCUGAUGAGUGCACCACCAUCAUUGACCGGAAUGAAGGAGGAUACGGAGAUAACAAAUAUCUCCUGAACGGGGCUGGCAACACCUUGAUGAUGGGCGUGGGCACAGGCAUGGGCACCAUCAGUGGGAGCGGUGGCACAGGUGGACACCGGGGCAUCACCCACGGACAAACCCUGCCUAGAUCUGUUGCAGAAUCACAUCAGUGCCUUUCCGCAAUAACUACUGGUGGCAAUAAUUCCACUGGUCAAGCGGAGCAUCUGAAUAAUUCCCCCCGAGCCACGGCUGCAGCUGCAGUUGCAGCUGCCAAACGCAAACGCGUCCAGUUCACGUCUUUUGCCACUGUUCUGCCCAAUGAUAAUUUGAGUGGGGGUGGCCCAUACACCAACUCUUCUGUCCUGGUGACCAGUGGGAGCGAGGAUGACAUAAAGUGGAUUUGCCAGGAUAUGGACCUGGGUCAGUCUGAAAUCAGAACCUACAUGGAGAGGCUACAAGACAAUCUGUGACUUAUGGGAAAGAGACUGAGAAAUGGAGGGGCACAGGAUGAGUGCAGGAGGGGGAGGAUGGACAAUGAGUACAAUUCACCUGUAAUGCCUUUGCAAUGGAUGAAGGGAGGGAGAAUGUAGGAAUAUGAGCAAACAGUAAAGGAAACACAAAGUGUGGCCAAGACUUUAGAAGAUUAUUGAACAGACAGCGUAGGGGAUGCUUAAAUUUAACUCCCCUUAGGCUGUGAAAAGCAUACUGUCAUCACUAGCUCACACUGAAAUCAAUGGUAGCAAACAAUAAAUAACCAUAUGAGUUUAUUUUAUAUUAUUUAUUGUGAAAAUAUUAGUGUAAAUAAGUGUCAAUAAUAAAGUCACUAUUGGUUAUGAAUGUUUAUUUUCAGAAUACCAGUAAACCAUUGUGCUAUACAGUAAAUUCAGGGUAUGUUAUUGGACAAACAUUAUCAAGUCACUAUACAUUUUAAACGAGGAUGGCAAGAACAUCGUUUCUGAAGUAUUUUUUACUCAUAUGGUGUAUCGCCAGCAUUGGUUGUGGCUGAUGAUUGGUUAUUGAUAGAUCUAGUUUUAAUAUUUACCUGCCAAGUCUGCUAAUAAUAGUUAUGAUUACUAAAGAAUACGUGUGCAUCAGAGAUACAAUCCGUUUGUUUUUUUUGUUCUAUCAUGUGACCUAUUUGCUUUUGGCAUUGCUCAGAAGUAAAAUGUAACAUCUAAAAAAAUCUAAUCAGAAAUAUAAGACACCAGUGGGAGCUGCCAUUCAGCAUUGAAUAUGAGCGAUCUUGCUCUUUCCAAAAAACAACAGAAUGUGUCAAGAGUUGGAAAAUGAUAUGAAAUGCAAAAGACUGUUUCUCCCUUGGAUCCAAGACAGAGGCAUUUAAAAUUGCACAAUUACAAACAGGAGAGGACAUUAGCCAUAUUUGAGGCUUAAUUCCUGUUUUGUGAAACCUUCCAGCCAAUGACUUUCUCCCUGUAUACAAAACCAAUCGCAUCUUCUCCCGGCCCCUCUCCUUGUCUGUGAUUGGACAGCAGUAGAAACUUUGUGAACUAAAGUAUACAGUGAAACACUGUCUGUAAACUAAAAGGAGACUGACUGAGGUGUCUCAUAUAAAUAGGAGGCUGCUUGGGCUUUGCAAAGCCCGACCGAACACUUAAUAAUGAUGAUUAUUUAAAACAGAAACCACGAAGGCAACAAGACAGACCAGAGUCCCAACAGUGUUCUACAUGGAGCUAACCGGAUAUAUUGAAUGACAUUACACUACAAAUGAAAACUGAGUGACACUCUUGAAUAUGUCAUGCAUAGGUAUUGGUUAAUGAAACAUUGUUUGUUUUGCUGAACAUAAUUAUGUAGUUUAUUUCCUUUUGUUUUUCCUUUUUGAUGAAUAGAAUGUUUUAUUAUGUUUUGUUCCCUGAUUUGGGAAGAUAUAAAUUGUAGCUUUUGAUUUCAAAGAUUUAUUAAGAUUUUAAGGAUAUAUGAUUCUUUUUUUCUCCUAGAUAUCUAUUUAUUUAAAUUAACAUUCGAGAGGGUGAGGAGAGAAAGAAAGAUUGAAAACAGACCUGCUGGUGAAUGAUAGCACAUAAGAGAACAAGUGAAAAGAAGGAGACAGAACAGGCAGAGGUUGCCUCACCUUCGUUAAGCUCAGGUGACGAGUCAUGAAGAACUGACAAUAAAAAAGGAGAAGUGUAAGAUUGUUAAGAUUGCAAUAUUUAUUUAUAAAUGUGUUACUGUUUCAGAGUACACUGUAUGUUGUAGAUAAAUAAACAUGCUUCAAAGUGCUUGUGAAUAGGAUUGCAGGUCACUAGCCAACAACAUGGUGAUAUUUUGUAAAUUUUACAGUGCAAAUAUGGUACACAAUACUAUCUACCACCACAAUGUGAAAGUGAUCUUAUUGGUUCUUUUUCUAAUGAUGUUCCUGUCUUUGUUUAAAUUAUUGAAUGAGUUCUUGUCUUUGUACAGGGUAGGAAUCGAUUUACCUCCAUAAUGAGAUUUAAAAAUGGAGGUAGUCCAUCGUGCAUCACACUCAAAAGUACUUGAGCAUGGUGUGUCCAAGAGAUCCAUUUCAAAAAAGUAAAUCAAACCAAAUGUGAGGAUGUUGAGCUAGUCCAAAAGAAAACAAAGGCUGAAUCUGGACUACCACAGAUAUAACUCUAUUUUCAAUAAUUUGUGUAACAAGAUACAUAAUAAAAAUGCACAUGAAAUCACAAUGACCACAUUGUAAAUUCGGAGACAUAAUAAAUACAGGAUUCAAAGGACGGAGGUCAGAGACCAGUUAGAGACCUGAGCUGAUUUCAAAUGGGGGAACUAAAUGGACUGCACAGCCUCCACCAAAGCAAUAGAUAUUUUGACUGGUAAUGGUGGCUAAACUGUGUGUUCUGGACUGUACACAUUACUGUAUCUCGCCUACUCUAAUGUAGCUACAAAAACUGCUGUGAUUCAAAGGAUCAGCCAAACAGAAACAAGUUCGAUAGUCGCUGACGGUAGAAGUGUAGCAAUGCUUUUAAUAUAAAAAACAAAACACUUUGACUCUUAACUAGAACUGUGAGUUUAAUCAUACUUCACAGCGUGUGACACACAUUCUACCUGUUGUAUAAUUUUAAAAACUGUAUGAAUGUCAACUGAAAAAAACAAGGUUAUUUCUGAAUAUUUUGGGGGCAUUUGCGCUUUUAUUUGAUACUAGAGAAAGACAGAUCCUCUGUAUGUAGCCAUUGUGGAAGGACCACAAUUUACUGCAUGCUUACUAAACUACUGCUGAGCUUUAGACCCGUUCCCAAGAGGAAUUGUUUUUACACCACAAAAGUUUGGCUUCUUUGUCAUCUUUGCAGCUGUCACACAGAAUGGUAUACUUGGUUGCAACCAGAGAGCAGUAACUCUAAUUUGGUCUUAGAAAUACAGAGAACUUUGGACACAGACAACUGUAAGUGCAGAAACAAGAGCACGGUUGUUAUAUUAUUAUUAUUAUUAUUAUUAUUUUAUUUUUCACUUUCCUCUGGUUGACAGGCUGUUUAUGUUCAUAUUUAAUCAACUUGUAAUAGAAAUGUUUUGCCAAUGCAGGUAGUAGUGUGAUGUUCAUACAGCGCAAGUAAAAGUACAGUAAGUACAUAGCAGUAAGCGAGGGAAUUGGGCCUACAACAACGUGUUCAGUUUGUUCAUACUAACGUUAACAUUUUCAAUAUUCAACAUAAUGCUACACAAGAAAAUUGCAUUUCAUCCAAAGCUUAUUUUUCUAAUACAAAACUGUUUCAUAUGAACAUAAGUCCGAUGAGAGUAUCAGAUCCGGAUACCUUUGAAGGAUUGGAGGAUUUAGUUGUUCUUUAUGUUGUCACUCAGCCUUGUAAAACACACUUGUUAGGCUUUUUGUCUUCAGAGGGUCUGCAUAUAUAGUUCUGCCUUAUUUUUCUCAGAGAAAACAAGGAGGCCUUGUUUUCAGAGGGUGAUUUUACAUUAUUAGCCACUGUAGUCCCCACUCAAACCCGCUCUUACACUCCAGAGCAGUGAAUAUAUUACCUUAGAACCAAAUGAGUUCUUCAUACAUUAACUUGCAAAUAAAGAAUGCAUUUUGCACACUUCCUCUCAGAUGAAGCCAAUACACAGCAGUAGUCCAGUCAGCAAGCAAGCAGUAAAACAAAUGGGACCUCUACAGUGGUAGUGUGCUGAAAACAAUCAAACCACAAAAAAAAUUAAAAGACAUAUUCUCAAAAUAGCUGAGGGCAGCAGUUGAAUGUGCUACAGGUAGAAGAGGCGCCGGUGGCAAUGAGCCCUAAAGGUUUUUUGUUGAUUUCCUUUUCCUUUUGCUAUUGUCAUUGUUUAAACAUGGUUCAUCGAGGCCAAUAAAAACCCAUAACCAAAAUCUGA